AUGAAUAAGAUUUUUUUAAUUUCCUUAGUCUUAAUUUUAUGUUUUUCAAAGAAACAUAAGGCUUUAGAUGAAGAUAAUGAAUGCUUAAAUGAAAAAUGUGGAGUUCAAAUUAAUGAAUGUUUUGAAGAUUAUGAAUGUUUUGAAGCAAUAUCUGAAUGUGCUCCUUAAGAAAACGUCACUGUCUAAGAAAUGAAGGAGGUAACUUAAGAAUUUUGAAAAUAGGCUCAACAAUGUGUUAUAAAUAAGAGCAAAGCAGCAGAAGAAUUAUUGGUAUGUGCAUAAAAGAAAUGCUUUUAGAAAGAACUAAAUAAGAAGUAGAUGAAAUUGAUAAAGAAAUUUAUGAAAUUUAUGAAAUUUGUUUGA